UAUUCGAGAGAUGUCUGCAGUAGAGGCAACACCGUUCAUUCGCACCAUCGAGUGGGACAUGAUGGACAAGACGAAAUUCUUCCCGCUCAGCAUGCUAUCCUCAUUCUCGGUCAGGUGUUGCCUGUAUCCCCUGACAGUGAUCAAAACUCAUCUACAAGUGCAAAGACAAAAUCACAUGUACAAUGGUAUGAUAGAUGCAUGUAGAAAAAUUUAUAAAGUGGAAGGCUUUUCAGGCCUUUAUCGAGGUUUCUGGAUAAGCUCCAUUCAAAUUGUCUCUGGUGUAUUUUAUGUAUCAACCUAUGAAGGAGUACGUCACUUGCUUGGUCAAGAUACACCCCUUGGACGCGUUGACUCCAAAGUCAAAGCGUUGAUUGCUGGCGGUGCUGCCAGUUUAGUUGGGCAAACGAUAGUCGUUCCUUUCGAUGUUCUCAGUCAACAUCUAAUGGUUCUCGGCAUAAAUAGCACCAAGCACGGCAGGGUGUACGUAGAUAAAAUGGGAAUGAAUCCCUUAGGCCUGACCCUUGAAUCUGGAAAGACUCGCGCGCAAAUCUCCGCGGAAAUAAUAAGAUUGAUUUAUCAGAGAGAUGGUUAUCGUGGCUUCUAUCGAGGGUAUAUGGCAUCCUUGUGUGCGUAUGUACCUAAUAGUGCCCUUUGGUGGGGAUUGUAUACGGUUUAUCAAGAUGAACUUAUAAAGCUACUUCCGAACUGGUUCUCGCACUUGUGUAUACAGGCGAUUGCGGGCACAUUGGGUGGUUUUACGACCACGAUCAUUACGAAUCCUUUAGACAUCGUGAGAGCGAGAUUGCAAGUGCAACGAUUAGACAGUAUGCUUAGUGCAUUUAGGAUACUGUGGAUCGAGGAAGGACUGCAUAUGUUUAGCAAAGGACUCUCUGCGAGGCUCGUCCAAUCUGCCUGCUUUAGUUUUUCGAUAAUUCUAGGUUACGAAACUAUCAAGAGAGUGAGCAUAACCGAAGAGUACAAGAGUUAUGUUCGAUGGUGAGCUUCACAGGUACUACUACAAUUAAUUUUACGCGAGUCGUGCAUGGGUUUCAUCUGUGAUUUUUUCGAUCGCGUCUUUUAAUGUGUAUCACUUUUCAAGGAAAAGACCAGCAUAAUUUAAUCGAUACAUCAUCGAUAAUGAAGAAAUAUUUCUAUAUAGAAAUCUCUUCUAAAGAAGCUAACUAAAUUAAUUUUCUUUUAGAAGUGCUAUUCAUAAUAGAUUUAAAAGUAUGAUUGAAGUUAUCUUUCGAACAAAAAAGGAAUAAUAUAAUUGCAGCAUCCGUCAUCAAUUAUUUUUCGUAAAUCAUGCAUUGCAAUUUGAUAUGUCACGUAAUCAUAUAGACAAGAGACUUUACAUACACUCAAAAGAAAAGACGUAGUAGUGGUAACUUAAAGGUGACAAAUAUACAAGUUUUAUAUGUAGAAUUAAUGUCACGCGAAAAACUGAAUAAAUUAUUUUAUAGUUUCGCAAUUUAAAAAUAUAUAUUUAUUCGAGGCGCUGAGUAACUCUGCUCGAUCCGUGGACCAAGCAAUCGUACAUUUCACAAUAAUCUUUAAGCUUUCUAACUUAUCACACAGAUGGAGCAGUAAGCUCCUUUUUAAAUGAAUUUUUUUACGCAUGUGAGGCGUGAAUGGGAUCGAGAACCCGGAUUUAUGGAUUCAUAAUUAAGGCUAUUGUGAAAUGUACGAAAAACUUAAAAGAUUUUGAGUUCAAAAAAUCUGAGAUGUCCUAGAGUAUAUCUAUACAUACUCCUGUAGAAUGUGUGUUAGAUGUAAAAAGAAAAUAAUUGAGGCCCGAUUGCACCAACGUUACUUUUCCUUACGAAAAAAUACACUGAAUUAGGCAUUGGCGGUCCGAAAUAACAUUCGAAUUAAGUGUUAAUCCUCAAGAUGAAGGUUUAUUUGGAAGUUAACACUCAAUUUAAGUCAUUUCGGACUGCUAACGCCUAGUUCAGUGUAUUUUUUUGUAAGGGAAUUGACUUUAAGCAAUCCAGCAAACGAGAAUGGAUUGAAAUGAAUUGAAAUGGAUUCAGAUUUUCAGAAAUAUUGAUUC